AUGAACGCCACCGCCCUCGCCCCCGCUCCCGCCCCCGCCCCCGCCUCCGUCACAACCCCACUUCUCUACGGCUACGGCUACGGCUCCACUGCGGCAGCGGCGCCGCCCGAAAGUGGGGCUCCGGAUCGGAAGCCGGGGCGACUCUCUCCUCCACUUCCGGCCCCGCACACCGCCGCCGCUCUGGCCGUUAACCGCGCACAGCGCAUCGCCAUCGCCGUCCUCGCCGCCCUGCACAUCGCCCGCGGCAUCAUCCUCCUCGCCUUUCCCGCGCUGGGCCUCGGGCUGCCGGGCCUCGUCGACCUGCCGCCGCCCCUAUCCGGAGCCAGCGGCAGUGGUGGCGAGGGGGCUUCGCUGGUGCUCCUGGUCAGCGGCUUGCUGGGCGUGCGCGACGUUCUGCUCGGCGGCCUGCUGGCCACGGCUGACCGCCGCUCCGACCGCGAGGUGCGCCGCGCCUUGGCCGUCAACCUGCUGAGCGACGCCGCCGACACAUUUGUCCUCAUCUUCGCGGCCGCGUGUUGGCGGCAGCACCGUCGCAGCCCCGUUGCCGAGAUUGGAGCCGUCGCCACGCUUGCUAUUGUCGAGCACGUUACCCUCUGGACCAUGGCUGCUGACCACGAAGGAGGGGCCAGCGAGGACAAGAAGCUGCGCCUCGACAUGUGGUUUGCGGACAUGAGGCGCGACGAGGAGAUGCGCCGAUCCUGCUCUCCCGCCAAGCUGCCUCAAUGA